AUGGCCGACACCUCACCCUCACCCUCCUCCUCCUCCUCCAUCAUCCUCUCCGACAUCCUCGGCACCCAGAAAUCCAUCAACAUCUUCUCCAAUCUCUGUAAUUCCAUCUCCACCGUUUCCUCCCGUCUGGACACCAGCUCUGCAAACACCACCCUGCUCGCACCCCUCAACGGCGCGAUAGCCUCCCUUCCCCGAAAACCCUGGGAAGAUCCCCACGACUAUAACGCGCUGGGGAGUGCGGCGUAUGCAGGGCAAGAAGGGGAGGAUCGAGCGCAGAGGAAUUUGAGGAGGUUUGUGGAGGCGCAUGUAGUGCCUUGGAGUCCGUGGAGGGAAGGGGAGAGAGUACAGACGAUGGGAGGGGGGACGGUUUGGUGGGAGGUGAAGGAUGGGAGACAGGUGAUUAUGCCGGGGGACGUGGAGGUGGAGAGGAUUGUGAGUAAGGUGUCGAACGGCGAGGUUUGGAUUUUAAAGGGGGUGGUAAACUAUGCUUGA